AUGGAAACCAGGAAGAAACGCCUAUCACAUAAUGCAUAUACAGUCGCGCUCCUCGCUCCGCUGGAAGUUGAGCUCAGCGCAGUGAGGUACAUGCUCGACGAAGAACACGAGCAGCUUCCGGCGACGAAAGGUGACCCAAACCGCUACGUCCUUGGACAACUGAGCCAGCAUAAUGUGGCUAUCGCAUCCUUGCCUGCCGGCUACCAAGGCACCAUCUCGGCCGCAAUCGUCGCACGAGAUCUAGCAGCACCUUCAAGCGGCGUACCUAGUUCUAUUGUCGAUGUUCGCCUGGGAGACGUGGUGGUCAGCGUCCCAUCCGGCACGCAGGGUGGUGUUGUGCAAUACGACUUGGGAAAGCAGACUACGACCGGGUUUCAACGCAAAGGUUUCUUAUGCCCUCCUCCCAACGAGUGGCUAGCGACCGUCCCGCAAAUUCGGUCGGAUCAUCUUCGGUAUCCCGCACUUUCCAAGUACAAGCGACCGUCGUCUGACCUGGAUGUUCUGUUCAAGUCUGAGUACGACCAUCAAUUCAACAAACCCACUUGCCAGUCUUGCGAUAGACAAAAUGAGGUUCUCCGACCCGAACGUAGCGAUCCAAAACAGCCCGUCAUCCACUACGGAGUCAUUGCAUCAGGCGACCGCGUCAUGAAAAAUGCGAGGGAGCGGGACAUGAUCAGCGGGAGUGUCGAGGGCGCCAUCUGCUUUGAAAUGGAGGCAGCAGGACUCAUGAAUGAUUUCCGGUGCAUUGUCAUUCGCGGGAUUUCUGAUUAUGCAGACUCGCACAAGAACGAUGUAUGGCAUCCUUAUGCCGCCGCCGCUGCUGCCGCCGUCGCCAAGGAGCUACUAUCGUAUCUCGAAGCAUCAAAGAUGGUGAAGCGCUCACAACACGUCAGCAAGCGUCAAAAUUUCUUCUCACUUCAGUCACGCCUCAGAGUGCAAGAAGAUGACCAGGAAGAAGUGAUCACCUUACCGGCACUUUUCGAGCCAUGGUCCCGGCCCGAACGACCGUUCGAGACACCUCCGAAGCCGAAACGCAUUCUGACCGAAGGACGGGCUGGGCAGCCUGAUGGCAAAGCACAGGCUCACGCUUUAUGGCUGACUGUCAAUGAACCUUGCGUCUGUGAAAGGGUGCUUUUCAUCCCGGAUGGCCUCGACGAGGUCUCGCGCUGGGAGCGAGAUAUUUGGGGCGACAGACCGCAGACAAUGACCAGUCUCUAUCAAUCAAUCGUCUCAAAGAUCUGGAGAAAGGAUAUCCUACAGCUAGGUAUCCGAGACGAUCAAGGGCACCGGCUCACGGAAGGAGCAGUAGAAGACAUCCACCAGCUCGACAUUGAAAAUUACGUUGCGAAGGAAAUUAACCUCAUCGAGGGCCUUGCAUUUCAUGGACUUGCUAAUGAUACAAUUGAAUUUCAAGAAGAAGACCGAGCAUCUAUAUGCAGACUAUUAAAACGGCAUGAGGAAGAGCUCCCACGUAUGAGCGAACGUGUACUCCGCAAAGUAUCAUUCUUGCGCACAUCGGAAGACAAUGCUCACAAUAGCCGACACAGCUUCCACUUUCUGCAUCUGACCUUCCAAGAGUACUUCGCGGCACGUUAUUUUGUCAGGCACUGGAUACGCGACAAGCCUCUUCCCUGUUACUGUCUGACAAGAAAGGACCCUCCAACAAUACCACCUCGCCUCUUUCUGCAGACAGAAAAGUAUAAUGCACACUAUAAUAAUUCUGGCGCUUCGUUGUGGCCCAAGGCGUCGAAUGGGGAGUUGGUCAGAGGGAUCUUUCAACAAUUCGAAGCUGAACCACGCGACUUGGUCGGAGCAGCGCACCAGAGCCUUAUAAUGCAUUGCCUCAGUGAGCUAGCUGUGGGCAGCAGCGAUUCUGCCAUCCCAGCGAUAAUAUCCCAAUUCGAAGAUAAUCUACUGCAAUGGGAAUUACUCAAGUGCAAAUCUCACUUGGUCCCUCCGCUUAUUUCUGACCCAGAGUGCCCAGCCCGCGUGAUAGUAGCACUCUUCAGCCCUGAGUAUGAACAGUACCAUGAACUAGUUCUCGAGACACUACAGUCAGGCAAAAGGGAACUACCUGUAGAGGCUCUCAGAUCCACAGUUCGGUUGCUUGAGCAAUCCAACCGUGUACAAGUAAGGCCUUUGGCGACAGAAGUGCUCACACAGAGCCAGGGACCUAUUCCACAGGAUAUUGAGUAUAUCCUAGUCCGGAUUCUUCGAAAUAACCGUGUCGAAAUGAGAAAGGCAGUCGCCGAGGGUUUGCUCCGAGGGAGAUAUCUUUCCGAAAGCACCGUUCACGAUAUUGCGCUGCUGCUCGAGCAUUGCGAAUCAGAUCUCCGGCAUACUCUCAUGCGUGCAACGGCCCCAGUGAAGCACCUACCCGAAAGAAUUGUGGAAGCUCUGUUACAGUUCAUCAACGACGAGCAGUUCAUCGGCGAAUCAAACGCGAUUAGCUGCCUAAGUGCGUUCCUAGAGGAUGAACGGACCCUCAUCAGAUACAGAGCAGCUAGAGCCUUGGAGGUCAAGAACACAGUGCUCCCGUGCUGGGUCUACCAAGGAUUGGUAAAUCUCCUUGCGGACAACGCUGAUUAUGUGCGGCGUGCCGCAUACGACUCGCUGUGCUGUCAACAAAGUCUCCCGGAGCAGAUUUUGCACACUUCGAUUCCCUUGCUUAGUGUCGAAGCAAAGUCUGAAAAUCGGCUCGGCAACGAAAAUGCCCAUAACAUAUCUACCAUCUUUGGGAAUCAAACGGUUCUUCCAGACGGUGUCAGACAAUCUGUUGGCCGCCUUCUCAAGGCAAGAAGCUUCUAUACAAGGCUUGUCGCGGGCUGGGCCCUGGCACCUCAAAUUGGUCUCGUGGACGCAAUGAUGGGUGACAUAGCACUGCUUCUCGAGCAAGAUAAUCUGCCUCUGAGAAAAAUAACAAUAAACAAGCUUCUAGGACCGAAGCACUUCCGGGACAGACUUCUCAGAUUCCUGCGUGUGAAACUGAAAAGUCCUGACGUCGAUCCACUACCUAUAGCGAGCCUGUUGCUAGUAAGACACUCAGUGCUCCCGGAUCAAGUCCUCCAAGGAUUGCAUGCCCUGUUGAUGGGUGCAGACAGCAGGAUGCGUGACUAUGCGAGCUGGGCUUUGCUUAGACAACGGCACCUGUCGUGGGAAAUGCUUCGUUUGCUGUUAUACACACUGGUGAACCACGAAGAAAAUCAUCCCACUGCUGCAACGAAGGUACUUGCAAAGCAGGAGUGUGUUCCCAAUGACAUUAUCGCUGCGCUGGUCCUGCUGCUCAAACAUGUGCGACCUGUGUUAAGGAUUCAGGCUGCGUUUGUUCUGGUCCAACAGCCGCGACUCGAGGAGAACAUACUUCACGAUCUGGCUUUGCUUGUGUGCGCCUCCGAGUCUAGAGUGUCGUACGAAGACGACCCCUACACUGCGGCAGCCAAUAAGGGGAGAACGAUCCGAUCUGCCCAGCAGAACGGUCCAAGCACUUGUCACUCGCCUAGAAAACCAUCCCAACCCGCGCGUUUGGAAUCUCCUGCAUAAUCAAGACAGCUUCUACGCUCUGCUUCCAGACCUGGGCCGCAGAGAAUUAUUAAUCAUAUUCAUCCGAUGGAU